GCCCCGAGUUGAAAAUCCGCGGGGCUGUCAAUCGCGAGUCUCUCACCGUCCCGCGAGCGUCACGAUCGGCGCGAGUGCGCGUCGCGGACCCGCGUACGUACGAGCUGCCCGGCGCCGCGCAAUCGACGCGGUCGACGCCGAUAAAGAAAGAAAAGUAUCCCCGCGAUCAUGCCGCGGUUGCACGCGCGCGACGGCGAACGACGACCCGCUCGACUCCGUGCCGAACGCCCUGUACGCGCGCGCGCCGAGUGAGACGCGAGUGUUUAUAAGGAAAGACGCGCUCUUUCUCUCCUUCUCGCUCGCUUGCUCGCGCGUUUCCGCACACGCCGGCCCGGUGUCGGCGCGUCGCGAAGAAGACGGGAGAAAGAUUUCAACGGGAUCGUCGACGCGAGCCUCGCGUCUACUCUCUUUCUGCCGGAGGGUGCCUCCGUUGGUACCGGAAGUGUCGAAAAGUGUCAGAAGCGCCGUGGGACUCCGCCAAGGCCGCGCGGGAACUCGGGAACGUGAAUCGUGGACGAAGGAUGAGCGCAAAGCCAAACGUGCCAAGCGGAUAAACGGAGUUUUACGAAGUCGACCGAGGAAGGAGGAAAGAGAGGGAGAGAGAGAGAGCGCGCGCGAUGGUGGUGGAGUGGCUGUGUCCUGGACUCAGGCCGACCAGGAGCAAUAGGCCUCGCCUUCUGCACUGCAAGGUGAUACUCCUGGACGAGCACGAAUUGCUGCAGGACGUCCUGAGCUCGAACCUGGGCCAGGAACUGUUGGACAGAGUGUUCAAGCACCUUAACUUGCUGGAAACUUCCUAUUUCGGGCUGCGCUAUCUUGAUCACGGGAAUCAGACGCAAUGGCUCGAUCAAAGCAAAAAGCUCGGCAAGCAGCUGAAGAUACAUAAGGGGGAUCCCGGAUCGGACGUUCACACUCUCUACUUCGGUGUCAAAUUCUACGCGGCCGAUCCGUGCAAACUCAUCGAGGAAAUUACCAGGUACCAAUUCUUCCUGCAAAUAAAGCAAGACAUUCUGCAAGGAAGACUGCCAGUAUCCUUCGACCUGGCCGCGGAAUUGGGAGCCUACGUCGUUCAAUCGGAACUCGGGGACUAUGAUCCUAGACGACACUCGCCCGGAUACGUCACCGAAUUUCGGUUUCUCGCCAACCAGACCACGGAGCUGGAGAACCGUAUAGUGGAGAUCCACAAAACUCUUAUAGGACAAUUGCCUUCGGCAGCGGAAUUAAAUUAUCUGGACAAAGUGAAGUGGCUGGAAAUGUACGGGGUAGAUUUGCAUCCCGUGUUGGGCGAGGAUAGCGUGGAAUAUUUUCUGGGCCUAACACCGAGCGGAAUAAUAUUACUGCGCAACAAGACCAAAGUGGGAAAUUAUUACUGGCCUCGGAUAAAUAAAAUCUACUAUAAGGGCAGGUACUUCAUGCUUAGGGUGAGUGAGAAGAAUUCGGAAGAGAGGACGCACGGUUUCGAGACGCCGUCGAAGGGAGCUUGCCGUCACCUUUGGAAAUGUUGCUUGGAGCAUCAGGCUUUUUUCCGACUAAUGGCAACCGGCCCGCCGCCACUUAGUCCGUACUCUCGCUUUCAUUCGUACAGUCCUCCGUCCACUUUGGAGAAGCACGCGGCCAUUAGACGAAAUCCACCGCCAUUUCAAAGGACGCCGAGUCGAAGGGCGCAGAGACGAGUCGUGGAGGGUCAAGAGAUGGUCGGCUCGUUCAUCGAAACGCCCGUCACCGUGAUCUCGAGCCCGGGCAACAAUAAUCCGUCCAGCGGCAACAUACUGUGCAAUACGCAAAGGCAGAUGAACACCUCGAGUCCGAGAAGCACGAGAAGCGCGCCCUGGACGCAGAGUCAGCCCCGCGGUCUUUACACCUCGUCUAGUCCUCGCUCCGUUCGCUCCGCGGGAACAGCGCCGGCGCUUUUGAGUAGACUUCAACGUCGGAGCAGCUCGGUGGAGAGUCAAAGCUCGGGGGAUAGUCAUAGUCGCAGCGGUCACCGUAGGCGGAGUCACAGUCAUAGUCACCGCCGACACAGCAGACAUUCCGACUGCGAGUCCGAGCUCUCGAGGGGUUCGGACACGAGAUCCGGCCAUCGGAAACAUCGCAGAAAACAUAGGAACUCCCGUUCUUCUAGUAGACACGAGUUGGUAGACUCGGAACCGCAAUGGAGAGAGGCGCAGAAACGGAAAGGGGAAGGCGUGCAAAAAGCGAUCGUAAGUCACACGGAGCCGAGAAGGAGGCACAGAAGCAGGCAUCGCAGUCCCUCUCAGAAGCAGCCACUACCGGAUGAACUUCGAAAACAUUUGGAAUUUGGCCUAGUCGACACCAGUGGGAUGAGCGAGCAGCAACGCCGAGAGAUAUCCUACACGGUAGUACAGUCGCAAUCUGUACAGCAACCUUCCUUACAGUCUAACAAUUCCCGAUUGGACGACACAGACUCAUCGUCCCUGCCUAGAACUGUCGGGUUGUCCGCUGGCAAAAGGGAAAGAAGACCCAUGCGGCAUUAUCGUGACGGAAGUUAUAACUUGCUGUCGGCAACAUCCAGUCGAGUCGAGGCAAAGUCUCCCGAGGCUCGAAACGAAUAUAGCACGAGGAGGGAUUUUUAUUAUGCUCGUAGCAACCGAGUGUCAAUAGGCAAUAAUGCGGACAGUGGACUCGGGGAAAGCACGCCGCAGGACUUUUCAAGCUGCUGCUCAAGUUCUGCCGACAGCAAUAAGCCUAUUCACGUAACGCAAUUGCAAUUAGGGGGCGAGGUACACUAUGAAUUGCCUUCAAAUCAGGAAAUCUACCCUCCUGUUGACACUACUCUGGACGCUGUUCUCCAACCCAUUAUAUCGUAAGUGCUUGUUUUUGUCGCUUUGUGCCUCCUUACUCAAGUAUUGAAUCAGUUCUCGUGUUGACUUGUAUAUCCAGCUUUAUUAAUAUCUAAUAUAUUACGCAUCACAUACUUCGGAUAGAUAUCAAAAGAGCGAAUAUGUUACAAAAGUUCUCUCUACAUUAUUUCCACAGUAGCGUCGCUUGAAUGUUAUUCACGCCAUGUGUUUGAUUGUUUCAGAACUUUAACGAGGAGGCAACGGGGCCGCCCGAAAUAAUCGCAAAACUUUAAUACAAAAUAAACGCCUUAUUUUAUAUGCGCUUACGUGUAAGAUAGCGUUCGUAUUCUGAAUUAAAAUUGAUAAUCUGUGGAUCGCAGUCGUUGGACCGUGCGAGGCGAGAAGAGAGAUCUUGUUGAAUAAAAGUAGUAUGCACUUUAGUCCCCCA